AUGGCCACUCACUGUCAGACGGAAGGUGUACCGUUACGCAGGAGGCGUCGACAGGUAGAAAAACAAACUACUGAUGGACAGAGCAAUAUCCUUACGACGAUUGUCUUCCGAAGCCAUGCGGAGAGCACUUCUACAGUACCUUUCUUGUACUACCCCAAAAACUAUGGACUUCCGAUGCCCGCACCCGGCGAACCAUUCACUGAAGCCAUAAUCGAACUAUUCAUCCCAUCCCACGACAGCGGGGACGGCUGUGGGGAGGGCUACAGAAGUAACAGCUUUUGUGGGUCAUCAUGUUCACAAGGCCAAUCAAUAGCUCCCUCCGUGGGCGGCGUCGGUGGCACCUCGAAUGCUGGCACUCUUUUUUCUACAGGGUCACAACUACCGUUACGUUUUGAUGGUGGUGCUGCCCGCUUGGGUGUUUUCCCCUCAUCGGAUCCGAUUGCAAUAGCAACCGGAAGAGGAACAACUCACACGGAUGCUCAGUCACUGGGAUGGGACUCGGCCACUGCUACACCAUGCGUCAGUCACGAAAGUUGGGUGUGUCGGGCAUAUUGUUUUGGCGAAAAAGACGCUCCUCAUUCGAAUGGGGCAAUAAGCGUCCUCUACUCGUUGGCUAACAAGAGCAAGUUCAUCAACAAUAUCGCCAAUGGCAAGGCGGUAGCGCGUGUUAUACCUUCUUACGAUGAGGUGUGUGAGCGCUUCGGUCUCUCGCACGUCGAACUGUCCUUUGAGCGUCAACAGAUUUCGCGUGCGGAUAUGUUUCUUAUUGCUGAGGCUUUGCGGGAUAACAUUAUUUACGAAGGAGAGGAGAUUAACCUUUUAGGUUUUUGUUUGAAGGUUAACGAAAUGCUGAGGAAAAGGGAAAAUAAUCCUGCACCGCAUGGCAAUAGUGGUGGUGGCGUGCCGCAGGCGCCUCCAGCCCCUCGCACAGGCUUAUUAUCGAAUGGAUUUGAGCACAGUGGUGCGGCGCAACAUCAUCGUCAAGAGGGAAAGGUGGAGGAGCAGUCAAAGGGGUAUCGUUCUGUGCGUUGCGGACUUGUAACGAAAGGCACGGUGGUGAACUUUCUUUCACUCUCGGCGGUCCAUUACAUUAUACUCGAAAUAUCAGCUGAGAUGUGGAAUCUCACCUCUGAUGGGUGUAUUCAGCUUGAUUGGGCAGUCAAAAACUUUCUCGGCGAAUACUUAACCCAACAACUUUCUAAGCAUAAAGCCUCACCACAUCUCCGUAUUGUAAUGGCCGGGAGACUGCACCCUAAGUAUGCUAUUAGGGGUUGUGUGGACGUCGUUCAUGUAAUGCACGUGCCUGAUGACAGCCGGUCCCCAAUGAUAACGGAGGAUAUCAACCUUCAGUGUGAGGAGUUUUUGCGACGUGUAUUGGGUGAGGUAAAGGAAGAGCUUCGCGCAGGUGGGGUAACCUCUGUUGUUUACUGCAACAGCGCCGUUGCUGGUAGUUGCACUUCCUCUUCCUCUUCAAAAACGAUUGAAAAUUUAACCGCCAGGGACCUUUUCGUUCCAUCGAAAAAUUCCUGCACUGUUGAAACCAUCGGACUUUUAUUAGAUGAAACCAAAGAGCUUCGGAGUGACAAGAACACUGGGCUAAUGAUUAGCGUGGUUUCCGCUGGGAAGGGCAUAUUUCAAGUCACCAAUGAUCUUGUGCAAGCAAUAUGCAUCCGGCUGCUGAAAGUUGGUAUGGAGAAGGUAAACAUUAUUUGUAUGGGUCGCCCACCGCUCCACUCUGCACCAUUACUGGAGUGUGUUAAUGAUGAUGAAAAUCCUAGCUUUUCUCACUUUGGCGCUGAGCAGCCUUGCCACCGUCUUUAUAUAGACGCUGAAUGGGCUCGAUGCUACUUUUACCAACUGCCAUCGGACUUCACUGGUGGCAAUGUUCCGUCCUCUGAGCUAUUUACACGAGAGGAGUGGUUUCAGAAACACUGGAAACAAAUUGAUAUGCAUCGAUGUGCCGGGGAAGUUGCGCCUCUAUCACCCGGAUUGGCUAUUCCCCCCAUGCAACCCCGUGGAGUUUUGUUAUUGCCUGUUAUUCAGCCACGAACCUCCGGCCCUUCGGUUGCUAAAUCGGAAGCCCCUUCUGAGAGUGAGGACUCUCAAAAGGUAAAAUCCUCCGCUCCACUAUCGGGCACCCCAACGGGUUUAGGUGAAGAUGUUCCACGGACGACGCAAGCUCAGAGAAAUUCAAGAGAGGCAUCCGCAGAUCCCUGUCAAACAAAAGAUGUAUCUGCAGAUGCCUUGAGUGAAGGUAGGGAGUUGAGAGAAGCUGCUUUUCGCUCACUGAUGGAACUCAGCCCAGCUUUACCGGGUGGGGAUGUUUGGGGGUCACUUGGUUACCCACAAAUCGGAUCAAGAAAGCAAUUAGCACACCAACCGUUUGUUUGUGCAAGGUGGUAUCGCCUUGUAAAUGUUUGCUUGGAGGGAAAAGGACAGGGGAAUUGGGAUACGGUGUGUGAGUUUAUUUUAAAAGGGAUAGGUAACUGCUGCCAGGUCAGCCGUAUAGGACGGGUGGGGACAUCCAUCGACGCCCCCAGUAUUGUUCCGUGCGGGAGAAAUAUUGUUGACUUUGAUGUUCAAAGUGGUAAUAUGGUUCUCAGGCUCGAUCUGAACCUGGUUACUCAUUCAGGGCGUGCUUGGAACCCGUGCAUCAUCAAUGAUGCUAACACUUGGACGUGGUUCAUGGAUUCGUUCUCAGAUAAGAUGGAUCAUUUCACGUGUGAGGAACGUAAAAACAUUGAUCCUAAGUUUUGCGCGGCAAAUAUCUUUAACCGUGACCUUAGCGUUAUUGUUGCUGAUGGUCAAACACUUCUCCUCCCCACCCGAAAAAAUAACGUGGCAUUCAUAGCAGACGAGAGGGUGGUGCUGAAGUAUAGGGACGAUUUCUUUUUGCCAUCCACGACUUCCUUUCCUCAUGUCGAUACCAUGCCUCUGCCUUCAUCAGCUGGAAGCAUUAGUUCCUGUGAGGCUCGUGGUCAUAAUGCACAUGACCAGAGAUCUGGGGCGGUAACGGCACCGGUUGCGCAUGUACAGUUGAAGAAUGGCGUGAUGUUCGCUAUGAAACCUAUUAAUCCAUACUGCACCUCUGUACGCACAGACGAGGCGUCAAUUGCUGCGCACGGUGCCAGCACCGAAACGAUCUUGAGAAGACGCUGGAAAUUCGCUCAUCCAGAGUUGUCUAGUUCGUACUCAAACGAUGCAGGCGCAGCUGCCGCACAGCGUUCGCACUGGUCGGCGUUGUGUUACUGUAGAAUAUUGCCUCUUUUCGGCGCGAAACCUGCUUACCCACGAGACAGCUUCUUCGACAAACCGAUUCACCAAUACUCUAUUCCAAUGCGUGAUACAAUGCAAAGUUUGGAAUAUGUUCUUCAGCGUUUACAACAUCGGCAUCAAAUCGUGCUGUCCCUGCCGUCAGUGGCGGAGAUUCAGUGGCCACGUGAAGACGUGAUUCCCCAUGCACGUGUCGUCACGUCAAUCGGUUAUCAGAUUCACGAGCUGAAAAUUGAUGAAACGGGUCAGAGCAUUCACAUCACGAGACUAUUGCACCGAAGUGUAUACACAAGUUUGCCCAAGAUGCAAAAGGUCGAGCACAAGUUUUUGUUGCUAAAUUACCUGAACACGAGUUUUAGUGCCCGGAGGGUGAAUCUGGAGAUGCAAAUUAGUGAAGAGGCUGCCUUUCAGUGGGAUGCCCUUGACUCAUACAUACAUGACCGUGGUAGAUCCGAUACCUUCAUUCCGCGUUCAUUAACGCUGACCUUUCCCGAGAACGAGAUGUGCUUAGCAAUUAUUCCAGAAUCGCUUGACAACGCGUGCGUCUCCUACCAAGAUUUUUUGGGGUUUAUGGAAAAAAGUCUCAAUUCGAACCUCCGUGUGCGCACCCCGGUUACCUGGGCAGAGAACGUUGAAGAACUCUCGACUGGUAUCCCUGUUGGCGAUUCUUCAAAUGAGGAACCGACGGUUAAUUGUGUUGUUCUUGUUGACGAAGAGCAACUCUCACUUGGACAUUGCCGCGCGAUGGAUCGUAGAACGGGUCGAACAAGGUGCCUGGAGGAACCGCCCCCUAACCGUCAAAUUUCUAUCAAUGUGUCACUACCCAGGGAAUACAAUCGUCGCUGCCACUAUCUUCUAAGGGUGUCGUGGAUGGUGUGUACACAACCCGUUCUCCUCAAUUGGGUCAGUGCUGUAAGCGCCAAUGCCCCACCGUACCACCUUCGUUGCGUCCUGUUGCCGACGUAUGAGUGUAGUGCAAAACAAGAUGAGAUGAUUCCCUGUUAUACGGUGCUUGCACAAAAUGAGGAAGAGGGACCUCAUUUCCGGGCACGAUUACUUGACACACUGACGAGCUCCACUUAUCGCUACUUGCCGGAUAAUCCAAUGAUGGGAGGCAAAUGCCGCCUGCUGCACAUGAGUGGAUUAUGUUACGUGAUAUCUUCACCAAAAAGUAACGUAGUUGCGUGUUGGUAUGAGAAUCCAAUGAUGGGCACUGGUCAGAUGAACCACAAGAUGUUGCUGGAAGAGUUUCUGGUGGCGGUGCAAACAGCCCGGAAUAGGCCUUGA